ACGUCAUCGAGCACGUGACCAUUAAGCGGAGCCGACCAAAAUCCCAAACAAGGAAAUGGUGGGGUAAUAAAACGAUCGGAUCAUUUAAUUAAUGCAUGUUAUAAUUUAUAUUUUAUUUUAUUGUAAAUUAAGAAUUAUUUAUGGGUUAAAAUGGACCACGACUUCAAAACGAAGCUCGCCGCCGAGAGGGAGAGAGUGGAAGAUCUGUUUGAAUUUGAAGGUUGUAAAGUGGGUCGCGGCACAUACGGGCAUGUUUAUAAAGCGAAGCGUAAAGACGGGAAGGAUGAGAAGGAGUAUGCUCUCAAACAGAUUGAAGGCACUGGUAUUUCCAUGUCUGCCUGCAGGGAAAUUGCUUUGCUGAGAGAGUUAAAGCAUCCUAAUGUCAUCGCCCUGCAGAAAGUAUUUCUCUCUCACAGUGACCGCAAAGUCUGGCUCCUCUUUGACUAUGCUGAGCAUGACCUGUGGCACAUCAUAAAAUUUCAUCGAGCAUCAAAGGCCAACAAGAAACCCAUGCAGCUACCGAGGGGGAUGGUGAAGUCUCUUCUUUACCAAAUCUUAGAUGGCAUCCAUUACCUUCAUGCCAACUGGGUCCUGCACAGAGAUCUGAAACCUGCCAAUAUCCUGGUCAUGGGGGAAGGCCCAGAGCGAGGAAGAGUCAAAAUUGCUGAUAUGGGUUUUGCCCGACUCUUUAACUCUCCACUGAAGCCGUUGGCCGAUCUGGACCCAGUGGUCGUCACAUUCUGGUACCGAGCCCCAGAACUACUGCUCGGGGCGAGACACUACACAAAAGCAAUCGAUAUUUGGGCAAUAGGCUGUAUCUUUGCGGAGCUGUUGACGUCAGAACCAAUCUUUCAUUGCCGACAAGAAGACAUAAAGACCAGCAAUCCUUUCCAUCACGACCAGUUAGAUCGCAUAUUCAGCGUCAUGGGCUUCCCAGCAGAUAAAGACUGGGAAGAUAUCCGGAAAAUGCCAGAAUAUCCAACUCUACAGAAAGAUUUCAGAAGAACCACAUAUGCCAACAGCAGUCUUAUCAAAUACAUGGAGAAACAUAAAGUCAAACCAGACAGCAAAGUGUUUCUACUGCUCCAGAAGUUGCUGACUAUGGAUCCCACCAAAAGAAUCACUUCUGAGCAGUCACUGCAGGACCCAUAUUUCCUGGAGGAUCCAUUACCUACGUCUGAUGUAUUUGCUGGAUGUCAGAUUCCCUACCCCAAACGAGAGUUUCUAUCUGAGGAUGAACCAGAGGAGAAAACAGAGAAGAACCAGACGCAGCAGCACCAGCAGACGGCUGCACAGACGCAGACACAAACGCAGACACAGCAGGCUCCAACCCAACAAAGCUCAGCGCAGACAAACGGCACAUCAGGCACUGCAGGGGCCAACACGGGCCCCUCCAUACAGCAUGGACAGGAACAGGGGCCACCAAACAAAAAACCUCGCACCUCAGGAACCAGUGUUCUUCAAACAGACUACCAGCACUCCAGCUCGCGGCUCAGCUACCAGAGCAAUGUCCAAGGCUCUACCCAGUCGCAAAGCACUAUGGGAUACUCAUCCUCAUCUCAGCACUCUCAUCAGUCUCAUCGAUACUGAGACUCAAAAUCCUACUUAAGCACUUAAAAUAAAUAUUAACCACAAGCAUUAAGCCAGGCAAGUCAGAGUUGUGAUUCAAAUGAAUUGCUGGCCCCAUAAUAUGGCCCCAACAUAAACAUAAAACCCAAGUGUAUUCUCUUACAAAGCUAUCUGUCAUCCCACAACUCUCAGCAAGUGCUACUCCAACCAAAGCACAACUUUACAAUCCCUUUAUUUCGCUCCUCAAGAGAACCAGAGCCAUAAUUGGGUAUUUUCCUCAAUAUCUCAACAGUUUUUCAAUUUAUUGUAAUAAAACUUCCACCAGCUCCAGCUCCAAAACCAACCAAACCUAAUAGUCUGCUGACUGUUUAGCAUCUUUAUGCAUUCUCAAUUCAUUUUACCAUGGUUAGACCCAAACAGUCUCAAAAUGAUCAGGCAAAUGCUAUUGGGGUCAUAGCUACAGAUAGAAGUGACAUGAGGCUUGUUACAAUGGGGUCAUUAAACUGGCGUCCCACUGGUCGACUCCAAAAAACUAGCAUUUCAUCAGAGCAAUCAUAGCUACCAAAUCUGACCAUUUACAGUGUUCCAGUGACAAGUAAUUUUCUCUAUCAUCACUGCUUCAAGAUGUGUCCCAGAUAUUUGAUGCAGAGUCAUGAGGAAACGGGACUGUCAUGGCUGAGACUGGUUAGAAUACGAAUCUCAGAUUAACUUGAAAGAGAAGUCACACAAAUGAGAUCUGAGUUUGCAUUGUUAUGACAUUGUGUUAGGAUGCAGUUAAUGGAAUAAUUUGGCCCUAUGAAUGCGUGAGAUGGUGUAUCUGUUCAUUUGGGUCUGAUAUGUUCAUACAACUGAAAAUUGACUAGUGGGACACCAGUCUAAUAUAUAUAGUCAGUUACACAAUCCAAACUUUGCAGCUAUUGCGUUUAUUUAUUUAUUUAUUUUUGACUUUACCACCCAUUAUUAUAGUGGGUUUGUCAUCUCGAGGUUUUGUGAGAUUCCUCCGUUUGACAACCCUGAGACAAAUCAAAUAGAGACAUCUGCGGUAUAUAAGCAAUUGUACAUAGGAAGCAAAAUCCCCUUUUAUCUCUCUCCCAGUGAAGGGAGCAGCCUGCAUGUACAGACUGGAUUUGUGUAACGUGUGCAUAUUUUAAAGACUGAACAAAGAGCAUCUCUCAUAGCUAUCAUGCACCACUGUAUUACUACACAAAUCUUAUUUUGUUGUGUAAGAGAUUGUUUGAUUUUUUGUAAAAUAUACACUGAUAUACUUUUCAUCCCUUUUUUGCAUUAGUUACAACAGGAACAACCAAUAAAAGUAACAUCAGUUAUAAAAGUA